AAAAGAGCUCCCUGGGUCUCCCUUUUAUUCCCAAGCCAAGACUGAGACCUCCACACACACACCAAGAACACUUUCUUUCCCCACCGCAAAAGCCCAACCACCAAACCAACCCAAGCAAAAUCCCCAAUCCCCCACACACCAUCUCCCGUGAGUUUUGAGCGAGGUAGACUUAGAUCUGAGCGAGUUCUUGCGUCUUCAAGGUACGGUUCUCUUCACAGAUCUUCCACACCCCUCCCUCUCCGCUCAUCUUAGGGUCAGAUCUGUUCUCUAGUUUUUUCUAGGUUUCCAGAACAGAGUUCCAGAGCCUUUUAGUUCCUGGAUUUCUGAUCUUUUUUUCUCUUCUGCUAGAUUAACUGGAUAGCCAAUAGGGGGUUAUUUUUGUACACCUCCUUGUGCCACCAAUCCUAUUUUUUCUGCCUGCUCUUUGAUUUUAGUAAAGACCAGGCUGUUUAUUUAUUUUCUCUUUAUUUAAAAAAAUCCAAAAAAGAAUCUGCAAGUCGAUUCCAUGGCGGCAGCUAUAGAUCGUCCCGCUGAUCUGAAGAUCCGCGAUGCUCCGGCUCCUCAGAUGCAGAUGCUCCAGCCGCCGCCUUUUCACCCUUCCUUGCCGCCGCCUUUCCCCACCGGAGGAGCGCACGGGUACCACUACAUGGGCUCCGCGCAGGGCCAGCUGAGCCCGGCCCAGAUGCAGUACAUCCAGGCCCGCCUGCGUCUCCCCCCUCAGACCGGGCUGGCCUCUCGGGCCCAGCCCAUGAAGACCGCGGCGGCACGAAAGCCGGCGCCGGCGCAGCAGAAGCUGUACCGCGGCGUGCGGCAGCGCCACUGGGGCAAGUGGGUGGCGGAGAUCCGCCUCCCGCGCAACCGCACCAGGCUCUGGCUCGGCACCUUCGACACCGCCGAGGAGGCCGCCGUCGUCUACGACCAGGCCGCCUACCGCCUCCGCGGGGACGCCGCGCGGCUCAACUUCCCCGACAACGCCGCCUCCCGCGGCCCGCUGGACGCCGCCGUCGACGCCAAGCUCCAGGCCAUCUCCCACACCAUCGCCGCCAAGAACGCGUCCUCCAAGAACGCCUCCAAGGGCGGCAAGGCCACGCCCAUCAACGCGCCUGCAGCAGUGGCGGCGGUUGUGUCGUCCGGCAACUGCUCCUCCGGGAACUCUGGUGGCUCGGCCAUGGAUGACGGCUCCGAGACGACGUCUUCGGGGUCCGCGUCGGCGUCUCCGCUGGCCCAGCUCAACUUCGGCGAGGUGCCGUGGGACGAGUCGGAGAGCUUCAUGCUCACCAAGUACCCGUCCUACGAGAUCGACUGGGACUCGCUGCUCUCCUCCAACUAGGGUGAUCAGUGUGAUGUUAAUCUAGGUGGCCCUUCGCAGAUGAGGUUUUAGGCAUUCUGCGCGGCCAAGUUGAUCAUUAUGUUCGUUGCUUGUGUAGAAAUUUCUCUUGUCGUAGUUGUCUGGGUUCCCCGGAGUCUGCCCGCCGGCGUCGUUUUUGUGACCGGCGUCUCCGGAUGUAACUAUGUCUAGCUAGCAUUUAGCCAGCAGUGACUGCUUAGAUGGAGUACAAAAUUGGUGAUGGUCCUGAUCUUUCUAGGUCGUUGAUGUUACUGUGAAUUAUCGUAUUCAGACUAUGCUUCUGUAAAUGUUAUGCGUUGAUAGAAUCUCCCUUUUUGUUUUCAACUA